AUGGAUGUCGUGGUAGAGCUUGUCGACAACUGCCAGUCUAUCUACGUGGCCUCGAGUAGAGUCAUAGGAUGUUCUAUUUACCCUUCCGAAGUCAUUGGUAACAUGCUUGUGUCACGCCGCCUCAAAAUCUACGGCCCUGUUUUCAAAGCCGUCGCCAGGGUGAUGUCUGUCGUCUUCGUCCUCGCUGUCGUUGGACUCGAGGACUUCCUCUUCACGCGUCUCCUCGAAUUGUUCCCAGCGUCCUGGGCGUGGACGCUGGAGAAUAUCCUCGACUCCGAGAGACUGUGCGACGAAACCCUGCUCUACAUCUACACGAGCCUCUUUGACAAACUGGGCAACUUCACCGUCCUGUUCACCAUCAUUCAACACGUGUAUCUGUUUGUGGCCAUCCAGACCUUUUUCUGGUGCUCCCACAACCUGUGGCACGAUAGCAUGGCUGCGUUUAUCUGGCUCGACUAG